UGCACCACGCCAAACGGCUUGUCCAGGUCGACGCAGCACAAUGCCCGGAUGUGGGGACAGCGCUUCGACGCGCGGAUCGCGUUCUCGCGAAGCGCAGUUGCAGAGGCCACAGCGCGCCUUUCCGGCCAUGACCUGACGUCAUUGCGGGCUCAUCCGGGGUGAAGCUGCUGGGAGAAAGCCGCCUGGUGCCAUGCGGGUGAUCAUGCUGCGGCAAAGGAACCUAAAGUACUUUUUCUAUAUAGUGGCCGCCAUCUUCUCCCUCAGUCUUCUUCUCCUCUCCCUGCUGAAAGCUGCCAGCACCGAAGACGGUAAUGCACUCGCACCUGCGUUGCUACAGUUCGGCGACACUGCCUACACCCUGCUGCCGUCCUCGACGUCCAGGACGUACAGGAUCCUCAUCUGGGACGUCGGCAAGCGCAUGUCGAGGCGGUUCCUUCGCUCCUUUGGCAACACAGAGAAGGAUCCGUUCGCGUCGUGCAGCGUGCGAAACUGCGUACUGGACACGUCGAAUGGCCGGAUAGACGAGGCGGACGCCGUCAUGUUUCACCUACAUCUCACCAAAGGACCCCACACGCUUCCGAACAAGAGGAGACGGCCGGGCCAGUUCUGGAUCUUCUUCACAGACGAGUCCCCGCUGCACACGUUUCUGCUGACCAGGCAGUACAACAUGAGCCACUACAACGGCCUGUUCAACCUGAGCAUGACGUACCGUAGCGACUCCGACGUGCCCGUGCCUUAUGGUCGCACGGUCCGACUGCCAGAAGACAACAAGGACAUGCUUCGCGACUACGCGUCCUCCAAGACCGACCUGGUCGCCAUCCUGGGCAGCAACUGUGGCGGGGCCAACUUGCGGUGGCCAUACGUCCGGGAGCUGGCCAAGCACAUCAAGGUAGACGUGUAUGGCGGCUGUGGAACUAAGGUGUGUCCGGGUCAUUUCACGCGUGACUGCGACGUCACCGAGAAGUACAAGUUUUACCUGGCAUUCGAGAACAGCAACUGUCGCGAGUACAUCACCGAGAAGCUGUGGUGGAACGCCUACCACAAGGAGGUCGUACCGGUCGUCAUGGGCGCGACCCGGGAGGAGUACGCUAGCCUCGCACCGCCUCACUCGUUCAUCCACGUCGAGGACUUCAGUGGUCCGGAGGACCUCGCCAGGUACCUGGUGUACCUCAAUGGCAACGCGAGUGCUUACAAUGAGUACUUCGCGUGGAAGAGGAAAUACGUGGUGAAGAACGAACAUGGGUACUUCGGCUCACCGUCACUACACCUGUGUCGUAUGUGCGAAGCUGUGAACAGUCUUCAAGGUGCCACCAAGGUUUACAAAGACCUCGAGAGUUUCUGGAAUCCUAAGAGAGACUGUCGGCCUCCCGUGUGGGUGCCUACUUACUAAAACAGUGUGAUACGAUAUAGUAUUAAUACGUUAGGUUACGUUUUUUAGUAUUUUUGAAAGCCCGUGCGGGACUCACAUCUUGAAAAGAAAGGCUUUCGCGUUGGCGAAUGUAUAGUCAAGCGACAAAGGGCCUUUACGUGAUUACUGCGCGUUCGCUGAAGACGUUCUGCCUUCACAAAGACAGUUAUGUGUGGGCUGUUUCUAAGUAAGCUUUGAACGAAUCAUCUUCUCUAGCCGUUCGUGGUUUCUUACUUGAAACUUAGCUGUUCCUGUUUACUGACGAGUCUAGUCACCUUUUGAUUAUUGCCUACAUGGUCACAUACAUAAAGAACUUGUUGCUGCUUUGACAUGUUCAUCGUGUGUCACCUGUAAUUGUUUGUGUAUGGCUGUGCACUGCGUGGUCAAGGCACGUAAAGCGCUAGCUCGAUUAAUUAUGAUGUUGAAGAAAAUGUGACCUCUGUUUCAUGUAUGUUCAUGCCUAAAAGAUGGGCAUAAAAUGUAAUAAAUUGAUUUCAUACAUAUUG